UAAUAAUUUUUGUUAAAGCAUAUAUUAGGUCUAUAAAAAACACAUAUUCUUAUAUUAAAAAGUGAAAAUUAUUCAACGCUCGAUUUGAUUGUUAUCGAUUGUUAUAAUCACGAAUAUAAUUAAUUAUAAGGACAAACAAAUAUAAAUACAUAGGAAUACUCGUGCGUGAGAAAAUCAAAGUUGAAUUAUUUUUUAAGGUUAACCGGGUAUUAUGGAUGCAUAAUCUAAAGAAAAGUAUUUUCUUUUAAAUACAGUUUGUACAAUAAAAUAAUUGAACACGAUUUAUCAUGACGACGUUUUGGAAAUCGUUUAACAAUAAUUUAAUUUCGCGCGUACUUUCAAAAUACAGCGUGGAUAUUAUAAAAGUAUCUGUACGAGAAAGGCACAUGAAUAUACCCAGAAAACGUCAUCCAGGUUGGCUUCCGAAACAAAACCGUGUUAUGCACGAUGAACAUAUUACCGCAGAAAAUAAAACAUUUAUUAAAGAAGUCAUACAAUCAAAAUAUAAUUCUCCGCUUAAUCUAAAACCAAUUGAACCAAUCACAGAAUGGAGAAAAGGACUUAGAAGAACGGGUUUGAUAGCCAAAAAAAUCGGUAUUUAUCCAAUGUGGUUAAGCAAUGGAAAAAAAAUUAAUUCUACGUUACUGCAGAUCGUUGAUAAUCAAGUAAUAAAAUAUAUAUCGCCAGAAAAUUUUUUCCCAGUUAAAACGAAACAACAUGUUAUCAUAAACAGACUUGGAUCUCUCGUGGUAGGAGCAGAAAGUUCAGACCCACAAUUGUUUAGAAAAGAAUAUUGCGGCUUAUUCAAAGAUUCCGGAGUAAUGCCGAAACGUAUUUUGAUGAGAUUUAUGAUAUCGCCAGAAGCUGCAUUACAACCCGGUACACCUUUGUUCGCGACUCAUUUUAAACCAGGCGAAGUUAUUGACAUUCGUGCAAAAACGGUAGACCGUGGUUUUCAAGGAGUCAUGAAAAGAUGGGGUUUCAAAGGAAUGCCUGCGUCUCAUGGCGUAACUAAAACUCACAGAAGGCCAGGAAACAUUGGCAGUGGUGGAGCAAUGGCUCGUGUAAUGCCAGGUACUAAACUACCUGGUCACAUGGGUAAUCGGUGGCGCGUAAUUAGAGGUUACAGGAUUUUACGAAUAAAUACAAAAUAUAAUGUUAUUUGGGUUAUGGGCCAUAACAUACCUGGAGAAACAAAUACCUUUUGUUAUUUAUACGACACGGUGCUACCUCGUAGACGAUCAGAAACUCCCCCAUAUUUCCCAACUUAUUUACCCGAUUUAAGUAAAGAACCAUUGCCAGAGGAUUUAUAUGCAGAUGAUGUACAUCCAUUCAAAGCACCCACAAUUCGAUUUAGCGAAGAAUCUUAAUUGUAUUAUAAUAAAGUAACACAAAAAAUGAUAUAUAUAUAUAUAUAUAUAUAAAGUCAAAAUAAA